AUCAUGGAAGAAAUCGCACCCGAAUACGAUGUCGUUGUGCUUGGCACAGGUCUCACAGAAUGCAUCAUCAGUGGAGUCCUAUCUGUCCAGGGACAGAAGGUGUUGCACAUGGAUCGCAAUGAUCAUUACGGUGGCGAGGCAGCUUCAGUCAACUUGGAGACCAUGUUCAAGAAGUAUGGCAACUAUACGGAGGGAAGCGAGCCUUGGAAGAAGUACGGCCGUUCCAACGAUUGGAACAUCGACCUCGUCCCGAAGCUUCUCAUGAGCAAUGGCGAGCUCACCAACAUUCUUGUGAGCACGGAUGUCACACGCUACAUCGAGUUCAAGCAGAUCGCAGGCAGCUUCGUACAGCAAGGCAACGCUGCCAAGGCUACUGUGGCGAAGGUUCCCAGUGAUGCAGGCGAAGCGUUGCGGAGUCCGUUGAUGGGCAUCUUCGAGAAGAGGAGAGCAGGAAACUUCCUGAAAUGGGUUGGCAGCUUUGACGAGAAGGACUCGGCUACACACAACGGCCUGAAUCUUUCGCAAGCGACCAUGAAGCAAGUCUACGACAAGUAUGGCCUGGAGCCAACAACCCGUGACUUCAUUGGCCACAGUAUGGCGCUCUAUACAUCGGAUGACUACGUCGACAAGCCCGGUCAAGCGAAAGAUGCGGUUGAGCGCAUUCGGCUUUAUGUCAACAGUAUGGCUCGUUAUGGCAAGAGCCCAUACAUCUACCCGCUUUACGGUCUCGGCGAACUCCCACAAGGUUUCGCCCGUUUGAGUGCAAUCUACGGUGGAACUUACAUGCUAAAUACCAACAUCGACGAGGUCAAGUAUGAGGGAGGCAAGGUUUCCGGCAUCCGGGCGACCAUGAAAGAGCGAGGCGAGCCUGGCGAUGGCAUGAAGUUCGAGACAAAGUGCAAGAAGAUCAUCGCCGACCCAUCAUACUUCCCCGACAAAGUCCGUGUCGUUGGCCAUUACCUCAAGGCCAUCUGCAUCCUGAAUCACCCGAUCGAAAAGACCGACAACUCGGACUCGCUGCAGCUGAUCAUCCCACAAUCUCAAGUCGAACGCAAAAACGAUAUCUACAUCGCUAUGGUCUCAUCGACUCACAACGUUUGCCCUAAGGGCUACUACAUCGCUAUUGUCAGCACCAUCGCCGAAACCACCGCUAACCACCACCUUGAGCUCAAGCCCGGUCUUGACCGACUCGGCAAGAUCGAAGAGCAAUUCAUGGGCCCGCCAAUCCCGAUCUACGAGCCUCUCGCAGACGGCUCUGCCGACAACGUCUUCAUCAGCAAAUCAUACGAUGCUUCGUCACACUUCGAGACCAUGACCGAGGACGUGCGCCAUGUGUACAAACGUGCAGAGGGGAAGGAGCUCGUCGUGGAGGGCCUCAAGAGCGGCCAGCAACUUGUUUCCGACGAGUGAGCACAGCGCAUGAGAUGGAAUGAGUGGAGGAAUUAGGUUGGCGAGAGCGCGCCCAGCAUGACUGCGAUUUCGUAUGAAGCGACUGAGGCAAAACUGGUAUUGAAGGUGAAACAGCGGCGUAUCGCUCGUCUGCAUAGUACGAUUAUUCUAUCAACAAUGGUCAUGAGUUAGAAGGGAUUAUGAACAAACCAGUUCUAUAGGAGAUCUGUCAGAUAGUUGGACCACGUCAUGACCUUUCUUGCAUCCGAGUAAAGCGUUCUCCCUUUCACCUUGCGGAUAAACACGACUUUCAAUCGCUUUACCGUCGAUGUACAUAUGAUUUUCUUCACCUCCGAGCUUUGUGCUACUUAACUCGUCUGCCCCACAAGUUAGAUCCGUCUCUGACAAGAGACACAGGCACUAACAAGCUCUUUACC